UGCAACACGCGCUACUUCCGCAGUCCUAACUUGUUUACAUGAACUUAUGCUAAGCAGUGUGUUUUUUAAGAUGACGGACCAAAAAGCAGAUAAUAUCAGCUCCAUCCCCAUCGACGGGUUCAGCAAUUUAAGAAUUACAUCGAUAUGGACGUUUCUCAUGUCUGUACAGUGGUCUGAACCGUGGAUUAUCGGGCUGUUGGUGUUUCACGUCGUGUGUUUGCUUCUGACUGUGGUGACAUGCAAGUAUUACAGAGCUCAGAUAUGUCACUUCCUGCUCAUGGUUGGUCUGGUAUACAGUGCUGAAUAUCUUAAUGAGCUCGCUGCCAUGAACUGGAGGUCCUUUUCUGAUUUCCAGUACUUUGACUCCAAGGGUAUGUUCAUAUCUUUGGUCUACUCGAUUCCUCUUCUGCUGAAUACGGUCAUCAUUGUGAUGGUGUGGGUAUACAGGACCUUUUCUACCAUGACUGAGCUGAAGAUGCUCCAGCUCAAGCGAAAAGCCCGCAGAGAGCAGAGAGAGAAGAAUGACUGAUUCUUUUCCUUAUGCCCAAAAAAAAAAAACGAGCUCAAUGGGAGGAUUUAAGACUCUGCUAUACUAAUCCUGAAAUUUGGAGGAGGAUGGAAGAUUUCUUCUUGUGACCAUUAAACGGAUUAUUUGUUGAUGCUGGGCAGGACUGGCUGUUUCUGCUAUACAAGGGUAUAUCAGAAACAGAUAUACAAGGACCAAAGGACAAUUAUUUGUAUUUAAUGUUGUUUUAAAGUGUUUUGAAAAUGCAAGAAGAAAGAAAAAGUGCUUUUGAACGACUCUUAUGCGACUGAUUUCAAGGCCAGAGAAUGUUUCAACUUUGGUUUGAUUUAAGAUGACAGUAGGAGGACAUUUAUAUAUGGCUCAUGAAGAGGGCAAGAACUCAUGUACCAUAAGGUGUUAUCAUGCUGUCAUCUUUAUUUGUGUAAGAAGAAUGACAAUGAGUAAAAGGUACAGUUCACCCCAAA